GCCACAGGAAUCCCUUCCCAUCUCCCUAACACCAAAACAUCAAGGACAAUAAAAGUAAAUCCGACCCUUUUUCCCUCCCGAUCGCCUUUUGUUUCUCCCCUCUCCUUCCGAAUCGCCAUCGAGACCGCAUCAGAUGUGGCCUAAAUGGGGCAAGAUCUCCCGCAACGACUCCUCCACCGCCGCCGCCGUUGUCCCCUCGAAUCCGGCCACCCCCUCCUUCAAGGACAUCCACUCUCUCUUAGGCGAGGAGGACGACACCGGCACCGCGGGCGCCGUGCGCCGCAAAAAGGCUUCCGUCUUUCACCGUGUCCGAAUCGCGACCGCCGCGCUCCGGACAUGGCGAUCGCUACCGUCGUUGGCGAUGUCCCAGUCGGAGGACAAGCGAAUCGUGGUCUACUACACGAGUCUCCGUGUAGUGCGAAAGACCUUCGAGGACUGCCGUGUGGUGCGAUCCAUCCUUCGUGGCUACCGUGUGGCCGUCGACGAGCGGGAUCUGACGAUGGAUUCCGCUUUUCUCACAGAGCUCAAGGGCCUCCUCGGUCGGCGACAGCUUAGCCUCCCUCGCGUCUUCAUUAGCGGCCGUUACAUCGGUGGCUCAGAGGAGAUCCGGCAGCUUCACGAGUCCGGCGAGCUCAAACUGUACAUCGUGGGCGCUCCGCCGGCUGCCGCAAGCGCCUGCGAGGCGUGUGGCGGCGUAAGGUUUCUUCUCUGUUCUAGCUGCAACGGGAGCAGGAAAUGCUACACGGAGAAGGGUGGAUUCCGAACCUGCGGAUCCUGCAAUGAGAACGGCCUCGUCCGGUGCCCGGAUUGCUGCACGCCUAUCGUCUGAUCUCCAUCCGACGGUUCGGAUUAUAUAUUGAGCCAUUUUUUUCCUUUUACAUAAAAAAGGCAUUCUAUAACGAGAGGGUUUUCGAUUUUUGGCUUGUUUGGCUGAUUGUGUACCUAUGGAAAAUUCGGUGCAGUUCCCAUCUGCCUUUUUUUUUUCUUUCAUAUCUAUCUAGGGAGAAAUUAGUCUGUGCGAAAAUCGUUCGGAUUUGUUGUCUUUUAGUUGUUAUUUUGUUAAGUAUUUGUUACGUUUUUGCAAAUACUUAGCAAUAGUACAACAAAAGUGCAAUCAUUAUUGCAUAUUUGCUGUAAUUUUACUGAAUAUUUGCAAAAUUGCAGCUAAAGCACAGUAAAUCUUGACGGUUCUUACCGUUCGGUCUCCGCACAGAAGAGGAAGAUGUGAAAUCAUAUGUUGAAUUUGUAGUGCCCGAUUUAGCUUACUCGGUAAAACUAUUAGAAACUAUUUUGAAGAUCAAUCGAACCCAUUUUGUAUUAAA